AUGGCUUAUGCCUACCUCACUAGCAGUGAGUCGGAAAGGAGCCCUGCCAUGGACUCCGAGCUGCAGCGCUCCAGGAAGAGGUAUCGCGAUAACGUCAAGACGGCCUUGGACUACCUUGACACCAAGCCGCGACCAGAUGUUACGUUGCUCUUUGCUCUACAAUGCGCCGCAAUGCUCAUGCAAGACAUCGGAGAUAUGCGACAUUGCUGGAAGUUGAAUACCCAAUCGUGCCUCAUUGGCGCUAUGCUUAAAGGGAAACCAGUGGAAGAGAUUGGCAUUACCACAUCAGAAGAUCUUGUUACUAUGCGACUUGCCUGUAUCCGAGCCUACGUAUUCGACAUGGCUCUCUCUGCCAACAUGUAUCAAUCCGCAUGCGUGGCUCCAAUGGAUAUAGACCGCACGGUGCUGGAUACUGAAAAGCCAGCUGAUGCCAUGCUCUGCGUCUUGCUCUCGUUUGCCCAGGUGCAGGAAGUCAUUGUUUGGGAGACGAGGAAGUGUGCGGCCCCGGACCAGACGCACCACAGGCCUCAGAUGGAUACGGAAAAGUUGGCGAGUCUUAUGGCUCGUAUGAAAGUCAUUCGAUCACAAGCGGAAGAAUUUCAACACAAGCCUGGAUCGGCAGGAGAUGACUAUUUGCAGUUUGAGUGGCGGUCCCUCGACUUCAUUUUCUACUCGGUGAUGACAACCAUCACGCGGCUGAGCGCCACGGGCGAGAACUCGCACUUACAGCGCCAAUGUCUUGAAAAUGCAAGAAAGUGUCUCUUCACUUUGAAGGACAUGCUAGAGAUGCAAUCAAAUACCGCCAACCCUGUCCGCUACUUGAGUUCCUUGAAAUGGUGA